AUGGAGCUGAGCUGCGGCCGGCCCGCGGCGGCGCUGCCCGGGAUGGAGGCCGAGAGCCCGGGCGAGGACUACGAGAGCCUGCCCACCAGCGCCUCCCUCUCCACCCACAUGACGGCCGGGGCGGUGGCCGGCAUCCUGGAGCACACGGUCAUGUACCCUGUGGACUCGGUCAAGACCCGAAUGCAGAGUUUGCAGCCAGAUCCCAAAGCCCAGUACAAGAGCGUGUAUCAGGCCCUGAAGAAGAUUAUUCACACUGAAGGCUUCUGGAGGCCUUUACGAGGAAUUAACGUCACCAUGCUGGGGGCUGGCCCUGCCCAUGCAAUGUAUUUUGCCUGCUAUGAAAAAAUGAAAAGGACUUUAAGUGACAUUAUUCACCAUGGAGGAAAUAGCCACCUGGCCAAUGGGAUAGCCGGGAGCAUGGCCACAUUGCUCCAUGAUGCAGUAAUGAAUCCGGCUGAAGUGGUGAAGCAGCGGAUGCAGAUGUACAACUCCCCCUACAAAACAGUCUUGGAGUGCAUACGAACAGUGCAUAGGACUGAAGGACUGGGUGCCUUCUACCGGAGUUAUACCACGCAACUCACCAUGAACGUCCCCUUCCAAGCCAUUCACUUCAUCACGUACGAGUUCAUGCAGGAGCAAAUCAACCCGCGCCGGGAAUACAACCCCCGCUCGCACAUCCUCUCUGGUGCCAUCGCGGGAGCCGUGGCUGCCGCUGCCACCACGCCCCUUGACGUCUGCAAGACGUUGCUCAAUACUCAGGAAAACAUGGCCUUGAGUUCGGUGAACAUCAGUGGGCACCUCUCAGGAAUGGCCAAUGCUUUCAGGACAGUUUAUCAGCUGGGCGGUAUCCCCGGGUAUUUCCGAGGGGUGCAGGCUCGUGUCAUUUACCAGAUGCCUUCAACUGCCAUUGCGUGGUCAGUGUAUGAAUUCUUUAAGUACUUCCUCACGAAGCACAAGCUGGAAAAAAGAGCUCCUUAUUGAAAGACUUGACUAGAGCGAGCCUAAGGUUCAGAUGACAUUUGUAUAACCUCUGAGGGAUUCGCUCGUGUUGUGAAACAUGCAAGAUUUCUUGUGGAUUCACAAUUGAAUUUCACUUUUCUGUCGGGGGCGAGGGGAAUUAAGUGGUCAUUGGAGAAAUUUGGCACCCUCUUUGCUAGACUCUGAAGACUUUUUUUUUAAUAUAUUUAUAGCUUUGGAGAAGUGAAAUUACUAACUGAUAUUUUUUUCCCCUCUGGAUAAGCUCUAAGAUGUAGUGUUACCACUUCUCCAGAAAACUUAGA